UCUGGAGUUCUAUGCUUUUGAAUAAUUCGAUUUUCUCUCGGGGGAACUGCGAGUUCGAUUUCUGGGAAGUCGGUGAUGAACCCUAGAGGUUUUGCUUGAACUAGGGUUUAGAGCUUGCUUGGUUUGUUAGUUUUGUUUUUGGGAGGGUUUCUGAUCUGAUCGGUUCAAUUCUUGCGACGAAUUGUUGUUUUUGUUAAUCUCCUGAGACUGGAAUCUAGUUUGGGAAACUUCGAUCGUUGUCGAGGGGGUAGUACAAAGAUAGUUCGAGCUGUUUGCUGCUCCAGAGCUGGAUUCUGGAGUCUACAAAUAAUAGGGAAGCCAUUUUCUUUGGGUUUUUGCUCAGUUAGCUUAAAGUGAUGGCAGGAAAUGUGAGGUUUGAGUCCUCAAACUCAGCUAUUCAAGAUGAGUUAGCAUUUGGGGGGAGCUAUGGCAAUGCACAGAGGGUGAGCCAGACUAGUAGCAGUUUGGACAGGUCUGGAAACUAUCGUGAUGGUGGAGAGAGCCGGAUGUUUGGUUUGGGUUCUAGUUCAUCCCGAGGUAUUGUUUCAUCCACCGGGGAUUCACCCACACUAUCUCAGUUUUUAUUGUUGGAUCCUAUAAAGUUAGGAGAGCAAAAGUAUCCUCGCUCAGAAGAGUUAAAAAAGGUUCUCGAGAUGUCAUUUGGGACGAAUGUAGACGACAACUCAUUUGGAUCUGCUCGUUUAAAGCAUCCUCUGGCUGUGGAGGAGCUAAAGCGGUUCAGAGCUUAUGUCCUGGAAUCAUCUAAUAAGGCUAGGGUUAGAGCAAGAAGGAUGGAUGAAUCCUUGCACAAAUUGAACAAGUACUGUGAUUCCCAGGUCCAAAAGAAGCAAAUUCGGAACGAGAGCUUAAUGAAUGAAAGGCCUGGUGGGCCUAACAUGUUGAAGAAGGGAAGUCAGGUUCAUCGAAAUUCUUCAGAUGUUGUGAAUCAGAGACUUGAAGACAGGGCAAAAAACAACGUUCUUAACAAGCGGGUUCGGACUUCAGUUGCUGAAUUAAGGGCCGAAGGUCGGAUUAACAAUGUUACAAGGCAGCCUCCUCCCUUGGGGAGAGAGAGAGAUUUGCUGAGGGAUGGAGGUGAAGCUUCUGAUCUAGUUGAAGAAAAAAUUCGCAAACUUCCUACUGGAGAAUCGUGGGACAGAAGAAUGAAAAGGAAACGGUCUGUGGGUACAGUUUUAAACAGACCCUUGGAUGGUGAAGGAGAGCUUAAACGUGUCAUGCUUCAUAAGCUGAAUAAUGAGCCAGGACUGCAAUCAUCUGAGUCCCAAAGUGUCAGAUCAGGUUCUUCUAGCGGUAUUAGUGGCAUAAACAAGUGCGAUGGAAGUUCUUUGCCUACCAGUUCAAGCGUGCGUAUUAUUCCCAAGGCUGAGCCUGAAAAAAAGCCCACAAUUAAUAGGGAUUCUACUGGUGGACAAGGAAAGGACCGACUACUAGUUAAAGGAAAUAACAAAUUAAAUGUUCGUGAAGAUAAUCAUGGAGCUGGUCCUUAUUCACUGGCAAAAGGAAAGGGUUCAAGGGCACCCAGGUCUGGCUCUAGUAAUGCUGGAAGUUCAUCUCCUAAUCUUUCACGUAUGUCUGGAGCUCUUGAUGGCUGGGAACAACUUCCAAGUUCUAAUAAAUUUCAAUCAGUAAAUGGGGCUAACAAUCGCAAGCGUCCCAUGCCCAGUGGAUCUUCUUCUCCUCCCAUGGCUCAAUGGGUUGGCCAGAGGCCACAGAAAAUGUCCCGUACUAGAAGAUCUAAUCUAUUAUCACCUGUUUCAAAUCAUGAUGAUGUGCAGGGGUCUGAAGGUUCUCCUUCAGAUUUAGGUGGUAGAAUGGCUUCACCUGUGACAGGUGGUUCAUUUCUUGCAAGGAACUUGUCUAUUGGUAGUCAACAAGCUAGGGUGAAACAGGAAGUCGUGUCAUCUCCUGCCAGGUUAUCUGAGAGUGAAGAAUCUGGUGCUGGUGAAAAUCAUGACAGUCAGUUGAAAGAGAGGGGAUCGGUGAAUGGGGAACCAGAAGAAAGAAUGUUGGUUUCUGCUGCUCAGAACAAUAUUCCUAACAUAUUUCAUUCGGUCAAGAACAAAGUACUUGACAAAGAAGAAAUUGGGGACUGUGCUAGAAGACAGGGAAGGAGCGGUAGAGGUUCAUCAUUUUCAAGGGUUUCUGUUUCACAAGCGAGGGAGAAACUGGAGACUCCAACUUUGACUAGACCACUUAAAAGUGCAAGGCUUGGUUCCGAGAAAAAUGGAAGCAAGUCAGGUCGUCCCCCACUGAAAAAGUUAUCUGAUCGUAAGGCCUUCACCCGAGUUUCACAAACAUCAGCUGGUGGUUCCCCUGAUUGUACAGGUGAAUCAGAUGAUGACCGUGAAGAGCUCUUAGAAGCUGCAAAUUAUGCUUGUAAUCCGAGCUAUGUUUGCUGUUCUAGUGCGUUCUGGUGGAAAAUGGAAUCUUUAUUUGCUUCCCUCAGCCAAGAAGAUGAAUCCUUUUUGAAGCAGCAGAUAUCCCUCGACAAGAAUGAUGAAAGCUUCUCUGAAGUAUUGGACCAUGAGAACACAAUUUCGGGUGCUGUUGGGGCAGAGGAAGAUUUAUCACCUCAAGCACUUGGUUCGGGAAGAAAAAGCCAAUUGUCAAUUAAUCAAAGCGAACCACAAAGUAUGCCUAGAAAUGUUGAUCAAGUUGAUGAAGCUGAAGACUUUGUUACUUUAAGUGGAAAAUUAGAAUCAGAAAAGAGGAAAGUCAUUACUCCACUUUACCAAAGAGUAUUAUCAGCUUUGAUAGUUGAAGAUGAAAUGGAGGAGUUCCAAGAAAGUAGAGGGACAAAUAUGUUCUCACAAUAUGGGGGAGAUGACUUUUCUGGUGUUCUGCAUCCCUCUGUUGAUGUUGAGCCUGGAAAUUCCGUUGGAAUGGCCUUAGAAUCGGAGUUGGAUCUAAGAACUCAGCAAAUUGCUGGUUGUAGAUUUUCUUGCAAUGGGAGAUCAAGGCGUGACAGUCAGUUGUUUAAUGCUGAUGUGCAUCAAGAAGAUCAUGGAUAUCAACCAUUAAACAACGGAUACUUCCCCGAACUUCACGAAAAUGGUCUUGAUGGACCACUAGGCAUGCAUUUGAAGGAGUCUAAUGUCUCUGUCUUUAAUUGCCAGUAUGAACAGAUGUCUGUAGAGGAUAGACUCAUGCUGGAGCUCCAGAGUAUUGGAUUGUGUCCAGAGACAGUGCCUGACCUAGCAGACGGGGAAGAGGAAACUAUGAAUCAAGAAAUUCUUGAAUUAGAGAAGAAACUUAACCAACAGGUUGUUAGAACAAAAAUUCAUGGAAACAAAAUAAUCAAAGCAAUUGAGGAAGGCAGAAAAACAGAAGAACGGUUCCGUGAACAGUUUGCAAUGGACCGGCUUGUUCAGUUGGCUUGUUUAAAGCAGUUGGCCACUCGAGGCAGUAGUGCUGCGAAAUUGGGGAUCCCCAAGGUGUCAAAACAAGUGGCUUCAGCUUUCAUGAAAAGAACUCUUGCUAGGUGUCGAAGAUUUGAAGAUACACAAAAAAGUUGCUUCAGUGAACCUGCACUUCGGGACAUUUUAACACGACCUUCUAACCGAAUUGAUACAGAUGUUAUGAAUGGUUCCUGUUCUGGUGAAGCUUAUCACAAUGGUGUGCAGAAUCAUAAAAGUGGAAGGGGAUUGCUUCAUUCUUCUGAUCAGGAUUUCACCCGAACUGGGCCUAUAGUGAAUAGAGGGAAGAAGAAAGAGGUGUUACUGGAUGAUGUAGGAAGUGCUUGCAUGAGAGUUGUAUCAACCGUGGGUAACAAUUCAUUAGGUGGAGCUAAGGGGAAAAGAAGCGAGAGAGAAAGGGAUAAAGAUAUGUCAGCUAGAUUAUGUGUUACCAAAGCUGGGCGUUCAUCUGCUGGGGACUUUAGGGCUGAGCGUAAAGCAAAAACAAAGCCCAAGCAGAAGACAGCUCAGCUAUCUCCUGCAGGAAAUAGACCUCUAGGCAAGUUAACGGAUGGAACUUAUUCUGAUAACCCUGCAAGUAGGAUUUCCAAUGAAAUUGCCAAUGGCAGCACAAAAAAGGAAUUUUCCGUGGUAUUGCCCCUUAAUAAUGCUACUGAGGACUCAUCGAAGGAAAUUAGUGAAUGUACAGAUUUCACAAACCUUCAGUUACAUGAUUUAGAUUCAAUAGAGUUAGGUGUGGGUAAUGAACUUGGUGGCCCUCAAGAUCUCGAUUCUUGGUUGAACAUUGAUGAGGAUGGAUUACAAGAUCAUGAUGCAGUGGGCCUUGACAUACCCAUGGACGACCUCUCUGAGUUGAAUAUGCUUUUAUAGUGAUUGUACAGUGUACCUUUUUUUCCCCAUUCAUUGGGGUCUUAGAAUUCUAUACUUUAGUUGGGUGGGGAGCUCUCAUGUAUAAGUUAAGCCUCUGACAGAUUGGCAUUUGCUAUCACUGUCAUUCAAUUCUUUCACUUUGGGUUGGGGGUGGGGGGAGGAUGAGUUCAUAAUUGUUCAUGUAACCAGAUAACUUAUUUCAUAUGCAAACAAAAGAAUUUUCUCGGAAGACUUGUCAAUGAUGUUCUUUUCUGUUCAUUUUUUUUUACAACUCAUGGACAUUUGUUCGGAACCUAAUCUUUGGUUCCUCCUGCAUGCCAAUGCAGAAUGUGGCCAGUGAUGGUAUUUCAAUACUUACACUGUUACUAAUGAUAUAGUUGCUAGUUAUUGCUCUUACUUUGUUGGAUUGUGAGCUCUGCAGCACGUUUGAUUCUUAUAUCCUCCAUUCUAGGAAUUCAGCAACGUCACAGGGCUUCUGCAGAGUUCAAUGCAAUUAAUAGUACACUUUUUCUGAAAAUAUGGAAGCUUGGAGGUCACUUAUAUUUUGAUUAUCUAUUACCAAUUCUAGAACUAAAUUCCCUGGAUGAAAACAUAAUUUUAAUUUCUUUUGGUUUAGUCAGGGUGGGUUCCUCUCCCUUCUUGUUGCCACUGAAGUCAGGGAGCUGUUGGCAGUCAGAGAACAAUUUUUAUUGCAACACUGUUCUAAAGUUGAUUUUCUUCCUGUUAUUUGAGUUAAAUUGUGGGAACUUCAGGAUUUCCAUUUUUGUUGCCUGUUGCAAUUGGUAGGAGAAGAUUCUUGCUGUCUACCCGCCACUGCCUGUCAUAGUGCACCCUUCAUACAAGUGGUAAGAUGUAUAUUGUUUCGUUAUUGCAAUGUCUUAUGUAGAAAAUUGAUGUAUGGUAUGGUUCUUUGUACACUUAAUUCAUAAUUGAUAUCAUUUAUUACUUUUGUCCUGUUUUUCUGCUAAUUUCUUUAUUGUUUCCGGGAUAAGCAUUAUCUCUUGCACGGAGUGAUGGUAAAGCUUAAAAUAUCAUCUCAGUCAUAGUUGGAUGCACUGUUCACGAUUAUAUGACCCUACUCACUGUAAUGAUUCUCUGUCCGAUUAAACAGCUGUUCACAAGGCUUAAUUAGUUAUUUUUCAUUUCUUCAUUUGUUUCUCUUUCAUUUUUUGUUCUCUCGCUUUCUCCCUCUCUUAAUAAAAUGAUCAUUGGAUUGGUAGCUCCACCGUGGAUCUUGUACAUUUUACUCUUUUUGCUUAGCCUUGCCAGUUUUAUGUUUCAUAUGCGUCCAUUUCCUCCUUUUCUUUGGCCUUUUAUCUGUUUUACAAGUACUUCAAGGAGCAGGCUUCAGGCUUAGGUCGUGGAUAGAAGCGCCUGUGGAUUGCAUCUGUUGGACAGGAGACUUUUUGGAAGACUUUUUUUUUACAGGUCCGGUUUUUAAUCAUUUUGUGGAGUAGAGUAAUUGGCCUGAGGAGCAUGAUCCCUGUGGGCUUUUCACUUUUUCGGUACUUUAUUUUGGUUUCUACUAUUAACUAUAAGCUUAAGGAUAAAACAUAAAUGACCAUCUUAAAGAUUGAUGGUUCGAUUCUCCACCUCUGAAGUUGUUAGAAGUAGAACUCAGAAAAAGAAAAAAAAAAAUCUGGAUUAGUAAUUAUUUUCUCAAUGUUAUGAUUUUCUUCAUCCUUGAUUGACUUGUAUGGGUUUUCCUUUUUGUUUGUGCAUUACAGCAUGGGCCUGCAAUAACUACAUUCUCUAUCAAGAACGAAACAGAAUAUUCUUUUACAUGAAUCUUUGUCUCUCUCUUUUUCAAGUUCAUGAUGUGCCUUCAAAAUUGUGGUGCUGCAUCUUGAGGUAUAUUUUUGGUGGAGAGUAAAGUUCAUGUUGAUGGGUUUUUCCUUUUAUUAAUCCAUUCUAAUAACUGCACCUGAACAAUUGGCAACAUGGGGUUAGAUAUGGACGGGAACCCUAUUUUGUUGUUUUCCUUUAUUUAUUUACUUAGGUAAUCAGUUUCCGAGUUCAUGUGAGUUUGUUUAUAUUUCGGUUUCUGCUUCCUUUCCUAUUUGGUAAAUUGAAUGGUGAACAGGACGACCUUAUUUCAAUUAUCAUUUAGCCUUAAAAUUCUUGUUACAGUUUCAGGAUUUUUGAACUCCCCUGAUGAUGAUUUAUGCACUUUCCCGAUCACUUUUGCUUGCGUAUGCUUAAUAUGAACUUAUAUUUAUAGGUAAUGUUUUUUCUAACGAAGUAUUUGAGGUGUCAAUCUCAUAUUCUUAAGAGUAUUUUGUUCUACCUUAUGUUGGUUAUCUCUAACAUGUAAAUGCUCUGCUACUCGAAACUCUGAAUACAUUCUCAUUUCAAAUCGACCAUAGGUUAAAGGAAAGCUGCUAUCUUUGAAGGACCAAGUCUCCUGACGAAUACGUAAACGAACAGGUGCGGUUGGAUCCAGAUCCCGGAAACUGCUUUUGUGGGAGAAACAAUUGCUGAAGCCAAAGGCCAUAAAUGAAGGUCCAGAAUACAGUAAGCUUUCUGGUGCUACCAAUAAGUUGAAAAUGUCUUCUAAAUUUGUAAAGAUUAAAAAACAGCAGCAAUUGCUUCAGUUAUAUGUAAUAGGUGAGAAGGAUAAUGGAAGCAGCAGAAAAUGAGACCUUAUAAUUUCUGUUUCUA